AUGGGGAAGUCUAGUAAGGACAAGAGAGAUCUUUAUUACCGAAGAGCAAAAGAAGAGGGAUGGAGAGCGAGGUCUGCAUUUAAACUUUUACAAUUAAAUGAACAAUUUAACCUCUUUGAUGGAAUUGAAAGAGUCGUCGAUUUGUGUGCUGCUCCUGGGUCCUGGUCUCAAGUUUUAAGUAAAGAGAUAAUAGAAAAGCGUCAAAAUAAAAGCGCAAAAAUCGUCGCAGUGGAUUUACAGCCCAUGACUCCCAUAGAUGGAGUUACGACUAUCCAAGCAGAUAUCACUCAUCCGAAAACUUUACAAAAGAUUCUUGAUAUUUUUGGUGGAGAGUCUGCUGACUUCGUUUGCAGUGAUGGCGCACCAGAUGUCACCGGUUUACAUGAUCUAGACGAAUACAUACAAGCUCAGCUCAUACUUUCUGCUUUGCAGUUGACGAUCUGUGUUUUAAAGCCUGGUGGAACUUUUGUUGCGAAAAUUUUCAGAGGACGGGAUAUUGACUUGUUGUACAGCCAGCUAGGAUACUUAUUUGAAAAAGUAAUAUGUGCAAAACCAAGAGCUUCUAGGGGAACUUCUUUAGAGGCUUUUAUAGUGUGUAUUGGAUAUACUCCUCGAGAGGGCUGGGUCCCUACUUUAAAACCCAAUGAAUCUACCGAAGAGUUCUUUGAAGGGGCUGAUAUAGGGAAAUUUGGAAAUCUAGAAUAUUUCAAUCCCGUAGAUACGGAAGAAAGAAAGAUAGCUAAGUUCAUCGCUUGUGGUGAUAUCAAUAACGUUGAUUCAGAUGCAACAUAUCCUUUAGAUCAGGAUUUCCAAAGACUAGCUUUAGAUCCUGUUCAAAUGCCUACUGCACCACCAUAUAAAAAAGCAUUAGAGAUGAAACGUAAAGGACAAUUAGCGAGACAUUAA